CUUCGGUCCCACUUAUCAUUAGAUAUGGCCACCGUUAUUGAGUACACCGAAGCGUAAUCUUCAACUUAAUUUAGUAAGAUUUCAUAAUAAUUUUGCAGUUCGGCAACCGUGGCAGGCGACAUGUUAUUUUUGGCGAGCUAAUGUUUGUUUUUACAUGUCUUUGGAGGCGGUUGUUGCUGCGUGGCAGGCUGGCUGCGAGAGUCUCCUAACUGGCCGCUUGGUCCCGCAGCUUGUCGAUGCUGAAGAAAAUAGAACCAGUUGCCAACCAAGCGGUCGGCACCCGACGUUUCGCUCUGCGCGUCGCCGUACCUUCGCAGAGGAUCCGCAUUUAAAGUUUAAUUCGCAGGGUGUUGACUCCUGCGGCCGCUUGGGUUUUGGCGUUGGUUUGUUUGUACGUUAAUGGUACACAUUGUUGGCCGUAGACUUGGGUGGCUAACGCCAACUAACGUUAGCUCCAUAACCCGAACUCGUGCGACGACAGCUGUCAUUGGAGAAAGGAAAGUGAUCCCCACAAAUGCGUGUGCAACCGAAGCGGGGUUCUGUUGGAUUUACAUCGUCCGCCUCCCCAUCAAAUGGGCAAAGUUGGGAAUAACAUUGCAACGUUGGAAUAUCAUGAUAUGCGUGAUGCAUUUGUGAGAGCUGCGGUGUUGCUUCAUUGGAGAGGCUAGCUAACUCCAUUAGCUCGCUAGCUAGCGGGGGGAUAAAAGUGCGACGUUUCAUCCCCAGUAUUUUGGAUAUGAAGAGGAUAAUUCGCUACUCCUAGGGGCUGGAAGAAUGUCAUCAGAGGAUAAGACUGUGGAACCCUCUGACCAGGGACCUUUACCGCCCUCCAGCAGUGUAGACGCCGCGUCCACAGGAAGUCCUGCCCAUGCAGACAAGCGACCCCGUGGCAGGCCGCGCAAGGAUGCUGCUGCCACCACCCUACCCCAGGCACCACCCUCGUCCACGUCUAAGAACAGAAAGAAGGGUCGCACCAGAGGGAGAGUUGUUGUGGAUGAGGAGGACAGCAUGGAUGGGACUGAGAUAACAGAGUCCACAAGCCCUCAGGACACAGAAACACCAAUCCAGCCAGUGGAAGCUGUGGAAGCUGUGGAAGUGGUGGCCACUGAGUUGCCAGAGGAGGACAAGGCCUCUUCCCCUCUGGCCCAGAGCCCUCCAGCCGAGAGUUCAGCAGAACCAUCUGUCCCAGCCAGCAGUGAAGUCAAAAGCAGUGAGCGUCUCUGUGCCUUCUGUUACUGCGGUGGCCGUAGCCUGCUGGGUCAGGGGGAGCUGCAAGUAUUCAACACCACGCCUCAGUUUGAAGCGCUCUUCAGCCACAAGGGUGGAGGAGGCUCAACGAGUGAAAGCAGCGAUGGUGAUAAAACCACUCAGCCAAAAAUGGCCGGAGAGACCACCUCAGGACAGAGGAAAAAGACGGAUGGGUCUGAAAGCUGCGAGGAAGAACCAGACCCAGCCAGUCGAUUUUGGGAUGAACUUUCUCAUGUCGGCCUUCCACAAGAUCUUAACGUCCAGUCUCUCUUUGAGUCAGGGCAAUGCUGGGCACAUCAGAGUUGUGCCUUGUGGUCCGAGGGUGUUUGUGAGGGCGAGGGACAAUCUCUGCUUAAUGUGGACAGAGCCAUUGACUCAGGGAGCACAAAGCACUGUGCAUACUGUAAGCGCCUUGGAGCAUCCGUUAAGUGCUGUGCUGAAGGAUGUGCUCAACUCUACCAUUUCCCCUGUGCGGGGGCAGCUGGGACCUUUCAGGAUAUUGGGAGUCUCUCGCUCUUUUGCCCAGAACACAUUGAACUGGCCAUUCACAAAUUUGUAGAUGAUGUAAAUUGCGCGCUAUGUGAUAGCCCAGGGGACCUACUGGACCAGCUCUUCUGCACUAGCUGUGGUCAGCAUUACCAUGGGAUGUGCCUGGACAUGGCCGUGACCCCUCUAAGGAGAGCAGGUUGGCAGUGCCCGGAGUGCAAAAUCUGCCAGACGUGCAAGAACCCAGGAGAGGACACUAAAAUGCUGGUGUGUGACAUGUGUGACAAAGGCUACCAUACCUUCUGUCUGCAACCUGCUAUAGACUCUCUUCCCACCAACGGAUGGAGAUGUAAGAGCUGCAGAGUAUGCAUCCAAUGUGGAACACGGACCAGCGGGCAAUGGCACCACACCAGCCUGCUGUGUGAGAACUGCGUCCAAAACCAGGACCCCGCUCUGUGUUGCUCUAUGUGUGCCUGCAUCCUGGACCCUGAGCAUCAUAAAGACUUACUCUUCUGCCAGACUUGUAAGAGAUGGCUACACCUGGAGUGCGAGCGUCAGAACUCAGGCCAAGCAGAAAUCCACCCCGGAGAGGACUAUGUCUGUUCCAACUGCAAGUCUCCUGCUGCAGAGCAGGCGCUACAGGCAGAGGAUAUGGACACCGGCCCAGAGCUCAGCCCUCAGCCAGCCUCCAUGCACAUAGACUCUGAGACUGGUCUACAGCUGGCUCAAAAGCACACGGACCUAGAACCUGGCACUCUGGGGCCUCCUGAAAUGCACAAUGACCCAAAACCGGAAUUACUUGCUGUUCCAUUGCACUCGGAUCCAGAGCCUGUUCAGGCUACUGUCCAGGAGGAGAAUCUGGCCUUGUCAGCCCAGAAGCCUGAAGUUUCAGUGGGAGCAGACGUUGAGAAUCAGGUCACCGAACCUCCUGUCAACAAAAUCAAACCAGAAACAAAACCAGCAGCAAGAGCCCAGCUUACAACUACCGAGAGUCCUGCGUCUUCAGCGACUCCCAGCCAGGAGUCUGAGUCUUAUCCAGCCCAGCUCUCUAUGGAGACACUACAGACACAGGAUACCACAUUACAAAUCAAACCAGCAAAGACAGAGACCUGCCCUGAACAGGGCACGGCCAACCCCAGCACAAAGGAUUUUAAGGCCAUCAUCUCAACCACCAAAGAACCAAGUACUGCAUCAGUACCUUUCACGGACCAACCAAUGGAAGUCUCACUACCCCAGCCUUCGAGUAUGGAUGUGGUCAGGUCUUCAUUCCUGGAAUCUGCUCCAGAGGAACUCAACAAGGAGAGGAUGGAGGGUAUUUUUCACAGGAACCUGGCCGAGACUGUUAAGCCCUCAGCCUCCAGUACAUCCCUGGAGAUGUACAUUACGACGGAGAGCAAGCCCAAUCUCUCAUUUCCCUGCCUGUCUUCAGAGGAGAAACCACUCAAAACAUCUGUGGAAAGGUUGACGGAAAUGGUUUCCUCUCCGUGCCACUCCUCCCCUCUGGGCCGAGGGACGUCGCCCAGGGAACUGACCCAGAUCCUACCGUCACUGGGUGACCACAGCAGUGUAAUGCCCAUCACCACCCUCAUACCACUCACCCCUAAGAUUGGAAUGGGAAAGCCAGCCAUCACCAAGAGGAAGUUUUCUCCUGGGAGGCCACGCGUGAAACAGGGUGCAUGGAGUCCCCAUAGCAGUGUAAGCUCCCCCUUGUCCUGGUCGCCAGACCAGCUAGAGGGGUGGGACGUCUCAAAGACCAGGCAGUCCUCUUGCAGCCCCGGCUGGAGCAUCAGAGUGGGUCGAGGCUCAGGCUUCCCUGGGAGGAGGAGGCCCAGAGGGGCUGGUCUGUCAGGUAGACCUGGACGCGGCAGGGCCAGAGGCAAGAACGGCGCGAGUCUCGGCAUGAACCAUGGGAUCACAACAAUAGAAACACAAUAUCCAGUCAAGGACGAGGAGGAGAAUGCCAUGCAUAACACAGUGGUCAUAUUCUCCAGCAACGACAGUUUCACACUAAAACAGGACAUGUGUGUGGUGUGUGGGAGUUUUGGCCUUGGUGCAGAGGGCCGUCUUUUGGCCUGUGCUCAAUGUGGGCAGUGCUACCAUCCAUUCUGUGUUGGCAUAAAGAUCACCAAGGUGGUGCUGAGUAAAGGUUGGCGUUGUCUGGAGUGUACAGUGUGCGAGGCCUGCGGCCAGGCCACGGAUCCUGGCCGCUUGCUACUCUGUGAUGACUGUGACAUCAGCUAUCACACCUACUGCCUGGACCCUCCAUUGCAAAACGUUCCCAAGGACAGCUGGAAAUGCAAAUGGUGUGUGUCCUGUACCCAGUGUGGUGCCACUACCCCGGGCCUAAGGUGUGAGUGGCAGAAUAAUUACACCCAAUGUGCCCCCUGUGCCAGCCUUGCAACAUGCCCCAUCUGCCUGGUGGACUACAGUGAAGGCACCGUAAUUGUGCAGUGUCGCCAAUGUGACAGGUGGUUCCAUGCCUCUUGUCAGGGUCUCCAUUCAGACGAAGAUGUAGAAAAAGCUGCAGACAGCAACUUCGACUGCACAAUGUGUCGAGCUUUCAAGACCACUAAAGUUGUGACCAAGGCAAGAGACGUCAUUGAGCCUGUACUAAUGACGCAGAUUGUCACAAAGGCUAAAGAAAUGGAUCUGUCGAGGACCUACACCCAGGAUGGUGUUUGUUUGACAGAGUCAGGGCUUUGCCAGCUCCAGAGUUUGUCUGCUACGGCGUCACGGCGCAGGAAACCUAAGCCGAAGCUGAAGCUGAAGAUCAUUAACCAGAACAGUGUGGCAGUGCUUCAGGCUCCUGUAGACCCUCUCUCAGAGCACUCUCGUGAUGAAGACGCAGAGGACAACAGAGAGGCGGAGCUCCUUGAUUGUGAGGCAAAGUCUGACUCGAGCCUGGAACGAGAGCCAGCAGAAGAAGACUCCAAGGGGGCCGACGGCGGCAAGAAGAGGAAGAGGAAACCGUACCGGCCGGGAAUCGGUGGGUUCAUGGUCCGCCAGAGGAGCCGUCCAGGUCAGGGUCCAGGCAAAGCCAAACGAGCCCUCUGCAGAAAGGAUUCCACUGGCUCCAUGUCAGAGAAUCCCUUUGUAAAAGAUGAGGGGUGGACGGAGACUCUGCCUGAUACCCCUGUGGAUGAGACGCCCCCUGGACCAGAGGUGCCAGAAAAAAUAAAGAAACGCUACCGCAAGAAGAAAACAAAACUGGAGGAAGCUUUUCCCACCUAUCUGCAGGAAGCCUUCUUUGGAAAGGACCUACUGGACAAAAGCAAGCAGAGCAGGCAGCAGGGGGUUGAAUCAGGCUUACUGGAAGACGGGCAAAGCCAAGUGAAGAGGAAGCACCUCACCACCGGCUUCCUGGACCCUUCAUCGGACCCUCUGCUCAGCGCCUCUGCAACAUCCCUUCCCACCAGACCAGUAGCAGCACAGACGUCUGAGGAACCAUUAGUUGAUCUAUCUGAUGUUCUGAACACUGAUGCAGACAUCUUGGGAAUGCUCGGAAAGCAAGGCAGUGACUCUGGUCUUGAUUUUUGCCCCUUCCAGGUUGACAGCUCACCUCCUCCUUUUGCUGGUUUUGAUAUCGGGUCCCUGGCAGACGGUUCCCCAGUGGCGCUCCACUCUCAGGCUGGCCGGAGGACUCCUCGAUCCCUCGCAGAGGAACCCCUGGAUGGCAUUCUCAGCCCAGAGUUGGACAAGAUGGUCACUGACGAAUCAAUUCUCAGCAAACUUUACAAAAUUCCAGAGCUUGAGGGCAAAGAUGUGGAGGAUCUCUUCACAGCAGUCCUUAGCCCCAGCACGAGCCAACCACCUCUACCACAGGUGCCUCACCCCCAGGGUCCAGGGCCUCUCCCUGCCACACCUGGCACUAGCAUGCCUCACCCCAACGCAGGGAAUUCCAUGUUUCCAAGGAUGCCAAUGAUCAAUGGUAUGAUGGGACCAAACCAACGCUUCCCUUCAAACCCAGGAGCAGGGCCCUGCAUCCCAGAAAAUUUCUCCCCCCUCAACCAUAUGCCUUUCACUGACAAUCCAAGGGACAGAACGUUUAAUCAGAUGCCUAGAGAGGCAGUUGGUCCAUGGCUCUCCCCUGACCAUGGCCCCAGCCCUCCAACCCCUGGACCUCUGCCUGAGGGGGAGACUGAAGCCAUGUCAAAUGCCCAAAGGAGUACACUCAAGUGGGAAAAGGAGGAGACACUUGGAGAGCUAGCCACCGUUGCACCCGUCCUAUAUACCAAUGUCAAUUUCCCCAACCUCCAAGAAGAAUACCCAGAUUGGUCUACAAGAGUAAAGCAAAUUGCAAAACUUUGGAGGAAAGCUAGUUCACAAGACAGGGCCCCAUAUGUGCAAAAGGCAAGAGAUAACCGAGCAGCCCUGCGCAUCAACAAAGUCCAGAUGUCGAAUGAGACGGUGAAGAGGCACCAUCCGCAGCAACAGCCCCCUGAGGUGUUUGAUCCCAACAUACCACUAGACACAGAACUGCUGUUUAAAGACCCUUUGAAACCAAAAGAGUCAGAGCAUGAACAAGAGUGGAAGUUUAGACAGCAAAUGAGGCAGAAAAGCAAACAGCAAGCCAAAAUUGAAGCCACUCAGAAAUUGGAGCAGGUUAAGAAUGAGCAACUCCAGCAACAACAGCAGCAGCAGACCAACAGCCAGUCAGAGGAAGAUGGCAACAACAGUGGAAACCAGAGCCCAGCCUCCCAGCCCAGCAAUGGCAGCAUGUCCCCCAUGCAGCAGCUCAAUUCUAAAGACGGCUUUGCCAGGCCGCAGCUACCAGGGACGCCCACUUCAGGUCCCCCAGAGGAUGUGUUCUUACGACCACCUCCUCCCCCGCCAUCUGGCUCUUCCUCCCAACCUCAGUCCCCACAGGUAUUCUCACCAGGUUCCUCUGGUUCCAGACCCUCUUCUCCAUGGGACCCAUAUGCCAAGAUGGUUGGGACCCCAAGACCGCCAAAUACAUGUCGCAGAAUGCCUGUGGAAUCUGGUAAAUCCCCCACGUCUUUGAUGGAGCAGCAGGACAGAGGGAGGCCCUCUCCUGCUCAUGAAUCAUUUGGCUCUCCAACAUCCAUGAGCAGUGACCCUUAUGCCAAACCACCUGACACCCCAAGGCCAACAGGGGAAAUGGACCCUUUCCUGAAGCCCAUGGGCCCCCCCAGGGCCAGUCAGGCUGCUCAGGGAAGGCCCCCAAUGGGUUCUCCUGGCAGAGACCCAUACUCGAGGCCCAUGAUAAGAAAUGAGGCCUAUCAGCGCAUGGCCCAGAACAGGAUGAUCUUGUCUGACCCCUAUUCAAGGCCUUUACUAACACCCAUCCCUGGAAGUAAUGAGUCUGGCUCAGUCCCUCUGUUCAAAACACCUAUGCCCCCUCCUCAGGCUCAGGAUCCCUUCAACCGACCAGGUCUACAUCCUUCUGACAGGUUCUCCCAGAAUCAGCAAAUGGACCCCUAUGCUCAGCCUCCACAUACUCCAAGACCAUCCGGCAAUGACAACUUCACCAGCCCUCCUAGAAUGGGCCAACAUCACCCUCAGGUGCACCCAUUUGCUCAGCCAGGACCAAUGACUCAAAUGUCUAGAAACCCCUAUGCCCAUGCACCUUCCACUCCAAGACCUGACCACUUCACAUAUGACCCCUUCGCUCAGGCCCCUGGUCCCAACAAGCCAGCUACUGACCCUUUCUCUCAGUCUACAGGCAAUCAACGAUCCAUCAAUGAUCCCGGUGCUCAACCUCGCCCAUUUUUUGAGUCCUAUGCCCGACCUCCCGGUACCCCACGUCCACAUGACAACUAUUCAAACACCCCAAACCCAUCCUUAGACCCUUACUCACAAGCGCCCUCUACUCCUCGCCCCAGUGGGAUGAACCAGUUCACACAUCAGCCGCACCCACAAAGGAUGUCACCUUCCCACUCGUUGGACCCUUAUGCUCAGCCACCAGGUACUCCACGGCCCUCUGUUGGAGAACGGUUUUCGAAGUCACCGGGCAGCCAGAGGGGGUCAAUAGAGCCAUUUACUAGUACACCUGGGACAUCUAGGCCAGGGAGCAGUGACAUGUUUUCCCAGCCUGGGGCUCCCAGACCAAUGCUUAAUGACCCCUACGCACAGCCUCCAGGGACCCCACGGCCUGGUCCUGAUGUACUCAGCAGACAAGGGCCAAGGCUAGGACUAAUGGGAAGCCAGGAUCUUUUCUCCACACCUCAAGGCAGACUUCAUGAGCCCUUCCCUCAUCCAGGCUCACAAACACCAAAACACCCUAGCAUUUCAGAAGAUGGAUUUACUCAGUCACCCUCCAGAAGACCGAUUCAGACACCUGGCCAUGACCCAUAUGAGCAAGCCCCCAUGACCCCUCGUCCACAGUCGAUAGAGAAAAUGGAAAUGAAAGAUCAGUCAUGUUUAGGGAACAAUGGAACUGGCCUUCAUGACCCAGGUCAACUGUCUAACAACCCACAAAUGUCUGGUAUUUCCUCUGAGGGUGUUGCUCUCGCUGAGAGUGAGGAAAGACUCAGACAGCGACAACGAAUUAGAGAGCUAAUCCUCAAGCAGCAGCAACAGAGGAGUGCUAUUCGACAGGAGAGGGGCCCUCAGGACCCUGCUGGCAACAUAACCCCAGGAACACCACGACCCUGGCCCCAGGAGGGCCCUGGGCAUCAGGUGGAAAUGUUCAACCGGCCUCCACCACCUUAUCCUGGACAAGGACCCAUGAGAGGGCCAAUGCGGUUUCCUGGACCGUUUCCAGGCGAUCAGCGUGUCCCUUUCCCUAAUGAGGGACAACUCCCCAGGGGCCCACAUCCUGGAGAUCCUAAUUUGAGACAUCAGGGACCAAGGUUUGCAUUUCAACCUGGGGUUCUUGGACCUCACGGGGCUCAAGAGUUCUUUCCCCGGGGGCAACACCCGAUGCAGGAUGUCCCUCCUCAAAUGCGACGGUCCAUGUCUGUCGAAAUGGCAAAGAGUAUGGGAGGUAACCCUCUGGGGCUUCCCCAGCACUUCCCAUCGCGUGGUAUGCCAGUGCAGCAGCACAACAUAAUGGGCCAGCCUUUUAUUGAGCUGCGACACAGAGCCAUAGAAAACAGGCCACGUAUGCCAUUUCCCCCUGGUGCCAUGCAAGGGCACAUGGAAUUUAAUUUGCAGGGUCAAAGACUACAAGGCUUUCAAGGAACACUUGAUUCCAGGUUUCCUUUUAAUCAGGGGCCCAGGGUGGUGGACCCCAUGGCUAGCCACACAGGCCAUGUACAGCUAUCUGCCAGCAUGGACAAUCUUCAUCAGCAUGCCCAAAUGUCAGGAAACCACGCACUCAGACAAUCUCAUUUGAUGAGAUCCAUGAGCCAGCCUGCUUCAAAUGAGACCCAGAACAUGACGGCAUCUAUGAUCCUGACUGCACCCCCUGCUGGGCAGACUGAUACACUCUCCGUGUCCGGUAGUGACUGCGUGGAGGAGAAACUGGAUGCAGAAGAAUCAGCCGUCAAAGAUCUUGAGGACGUGGAGGUGAAAGACUUGGUGGAUGCUGACUUGGAUAAUCUAAAUUUGGAUCCUGAAGAUGGCAAAGACUUAGAUCUAGAGACGAAUGACCUACACCUUGAUGACUUCCUAACAUCUGGGAAGUUUGACAUCAUUGCCUAUACAGACCCUGACUUGGAUGACAUCAAGAAAGACAUGUUUAAUGAGGAACUGGAUCUCAGUGAUCCUAUGGAUGAUAAUGCAGACACCGCAGACAUCAACAAAAACUCAAGCACAAGUGAAGCAUCGUCCAGUUCAGCAUCGGUUUCUGCAAAGUCUGAGGCCUCUGGUGCUGAAGUCAAGCUGGAAGCCUCUGGGAGUCAGGACUCCUGGGCGUCUGGGAAAGAAAUUAAAACGGAGGUCAGAGACUGUCAGAAACCCCCUGAUGUUGGAGACCAACAAGCCACUGGAAACACCUUCACCUCAAACCAGCAGGGAGUGCUCUCUGACUCCACCCCAGUCCUGUCUCGUUUACUCAUAAAGCAGCAGCCUGAGGAACAGUCAUUAAAUCCAAUCGUAGAAUCUGUCAGUCAAGGAGUUAACCUCAUGCCCCAGCUGAACCAAGCCACUGACACUCAGCAUACCUCUGGACUUACAAUACCCGAUGCCACCACUGCAGGAGAAGCUUCGAUGAGUGGCUUUGGGGAAGACGAUCAGGUGGGGCUAGCCUCUGCAUUGGACCAGAGCGGUCUGACCCUGGCCCAGCAGGUAGCGUUGAGCCAGGCGCUGGGUCAGCACGGCCAGCUACACCGUCCUCUUCUGCUAGAGGAGCAGCCACUGCUAUUGCAGGACCUUCUAGACCAGGAGAGGCAGGAGCAACAGCAACAGAGGCAGAUGCAAGCCAUGAUACGACAGCGCUCCAGCGACUCCUUCUUCCCCAACAUCGAUUUUGAUGCCAUCACGGAUCCCAUCAUGAAAGCUAAAAUGGUUGCUCUGAAAGGCAUCAACAAAGUCAUGGUUCAGAACAACAUGGGGAUGACCCCAAUGGUCAUGAACAGAUUUCCUCCUGGUCCUGCACCACCUUGUCCUGAAAGCACACCACUUCCUCCCCAGGUUGUUGGACAGGAUGGCAAAUUGACACAAGUAGCAAGACCGAAUCCUCCAAACUUUGGACCAGGUUUUGUUAAUAAUGCUCAGAGGGCUCAGUACGAGGAGUGGCUCCAGGAGACUCAGCAACUACUUCAAAUGCAGCAGAAGUUUCUGGAAGAGAAGAUUGGGGCACACAGGAAGUCUAAGAAAGCCCUUUCUGCCAAGCAGAGAACAGCUAAGAAGGCCGGGAGAGAGUUCCCCGAGGAGGACACUGAGCAGCUCAAACAUGUCACGGAGCAGCAGGGUGUAGUGCAGAAACAACUGGAGCAGAUCCGCAAGCAGCAGAAGGAGCACGCUGAACUUAUAGAGGAGUACCGAGUGAAACAACAGCAAAACAAUAUGACACCCAUAAUGCCCGGGAUGCACCCAAUGGCAGGCCCUGCUGAUAUGGUCCCGAGUGGACCACCAAUUGUCCAACCUCCUCUGAACCCCAUAAUGCAGAUGCCACUUCCUCCUGGCCAGCCAAAUCUGCCUCCCUGUAUUCCCAACCCACCACCUGGCUGGCAUCCUGGUUCGCCCAUGCCGGGACCGGGAAUGCCACCCAUAAUGCCCCCCCAGGUACCUGUGGGAAACCCUGGCCAACCUCAUCAGAUGCCAAUGGGUAACAUACCUCAACACUCUCAAAUGCCUGUGGAUGCUCAGGCCCCACCAGCUCCACCAGGUGGUGUAAAACCCAUACAGGGAGGUGGUUUGAAGUUUGAUGACAACAACCCAUUCAGUGAAGGCUUUCAGGAGCGGGAGAGGAGAGAGAGGCUUAGGGAGCAGCAGGAGAGACAGCGGGUGCAGCUAAUGCAGGAAGUUGAACGACAGAGAGCCCUGAAACACCGUAUGGAAAUGGAGCAGCAAGGGAUGAUGGGGCCAGAAGGGAACAUGGCCCCACUCGCUCAGAUGCCAUUUUUUAAUGCAGAGCUGCCACAGGACUUCAUGCAGCCUCAGCGGCCUCCUCUACAGCAACAGCAACAACUUGCACCAAUGUUCCCCCAGCAGCAGAGCAUGCAGCCUGGAAUGGGCUCACCACCCGGGACAUUUCUGCAAGGUGAAAGGAGGGCCAUGAUGGGCAAUGGAAUGAUGUCACGUGACAUGGGGCCUGGUUUUGGGCCUGAUAAUUUUGCCCUACAAGCAUCAAAUUUUUCCCAGGGUCAAUCCAGACCUCGUCAGUUCAGUGGGCCGGGACUGAUGCUUCCGAUGCCGGGUGAGGGUCCACCAUUUGGUGACUCAGCUACACCUCUACCGUCUAACUUUCCGGGCUCAGGUCAGUCUCUAAUCCAACUCUACUCCAACAUCAUUCCAGACGAGAAGGGGAAAAAGAAGAGGAACCGCAAAAAGAAGAAGGAUGAUGACGCAGAUUCAGUCAAGACACCUUCAACUCCACACUCGGACCUUACAGCCCCGCUCACACCGUGUGUCUCAGACACCUCCUCAACUCCAACCAGAAACACCCAUCUAUUUGGUGAGCAGGACUUGUCAAGGUCCCCCUUACUGGGAUCUUCCACCCCCAGUCACUCAGAGCUGGAGAGGCAGCUUUCUGGAGGCCAAACUGGACAUCCUGGUGUCUCAUUAGACACAGCAAGAACCCAGGCUCAGGAACAUGACAGGAUCCUCAACAACAUAAAGCUGGAGCAAACAGAUGCCAGUGAGUGUCAUGGGCCACGGGACGGGCCCUUCAGCUCAGAAAUUAGCUCUGUGAAGGAGGAGGGUAAAAAAGGGAGUGGGUCUCCCUUCGCUGCAGGGCAAAGUCCAAACAAGGGGGAAGCUGGCAAUGAACUACUGAAACACCUUCUGAAGAACAAGUGUACACCCCCAUCCGGAUUGUCCCAGCAGAGGUCGGAGGAGAGCAUGCGAUUGGAGGAGGAGGAGCUGGCAGACUGCAAAGCCCUGCUGAGGCAAAGCUCCAUGGACAGCAAUGGGGCAUACUCAGAUGGCCCCCCAGACUUCCCUGGACCUGUGCUCCUUGAACAGGAGAAGAAGAAAGGGAGGAACAAGAGGGCUCCGAAAGGAGGGGAGAAACCUGCAUCUCGCUACAAGAAGAGGAAGAAGGAAGGGGAUGAGAGGCAACUGAUGCAUUCUGACACUGUAAUGACCCAAAUCAAACAGCAGCUAUCCCUGCUGCCCCUAAUGGAGCCACUGAUUGGGGUCAACUUUGCCCAUUUCGCUCCCUAUGGUAGCGGCCAGCUCAAUGGAGAGAACCUCCUGUCUGGUACCUUUGGCAGCGCCUCACUCGACGGAGUGUCCGACUAUUACUCCCAACUGGCCUACAAGCAGAGUAACCUCAGCAAUCCACCGACACCACCGGCGUCUCUCCCUCCAACCCCACCGCCUGUGAACAGACAGAAAAUGAUCAACGGAUUUGCCACAACGGAAGAGCUGGCCAGCAAAGCUGCUGCCAUGGUGUCCAAAGGCCUGGUCCCAAAGCCGCUACAUGUCCCGUUUAGGACUGAGGAAGACCUUCUAGCCCGGGCCAUUGCACAGGGUCCCAAAACUGUGGAUGUUCCGGCCUCCCUGCCCACCCCUCCUCACAACAACCAGGAGGAGCUCAGCAACAGAGGACAGGAACCGUGCAAGGACAGGGACACACCGGACAGUUUUGUUCCAUCCUCAUCCCCUGAAAGCGUCGUUGGCAUGGAGAUCAGUCGCUACCCAGACAUGUCUCUGGUAAAGGAAGAGCCGCAGUCCCCCUGCCUGUCUCCUGUCCUCCCCAUGCUUCCUGCGCCUGACGGGAAAGGAUCGGAAAUCAAACUGCAGGAUAUCAAAACGGAGCCCUCUGCAAUGUUCUUCGGCUCCCCCUUUGGCUCCAUGUCGAAUGAUUCCAAACAAGGGCUGGUGUCUGUAGCUAUCACACUGAGACCAGCUGCAGCAGAGAACAUCACAGGUGUUGUGGCGGCCAUUUCAGACCUAUUGUGUGUAAAGAUCCCCAGUAGCUACGAGGUCAGCAGCAACCCAGACAGGGGGCACCCAUCAAUGCUCGGAGGUCCAAGGAUGGGCCCCCAUGGCAUGGAGCCCCGGUCUCCCAUGCUCUUCCACGGACAAGUGGACAAUGGAGGGCUCCACGGACGGCCGGGACACAUGAUGAGGCCCGGUGGAGCGCAUGCGUUGAUGCAACAGCAGCAGGCACAUCAUUUCCGUUUCCAUCCCAACAGCCCAGGCGCAGCUCUAGCUCGAGGACCGGACCAGAAGAUCACUGGCAGCCCGGGAUGUAAACCUCAGUGGUGCUGCCACUGUAAAGUGGUGGUUCUGGGAAAUGGAGUCCAGAAAUCCAUCAAAGAUCUCCCCACCCACUUGAAGGAAUCGGGAGGCCGUUUGAAAUCUGAGGACCUGGUCUUCUGUAGUCACAGCUGCUUCCUUCUCUACUGUUCCUCAUCACCCAUGCAAUCCAGAUCCACUACAGAAACUAAGCAGUCAGUAUCCCUUCUCUCUGCCUCCGAGCAAACAGAGAGCCUCUCUAAAAUCCUGCACCAGUACAGUAACAACAUGUCAUCGCUGGAUGUUCAUUGCCUGGCCCAGCUUCAGCCGAAGCUGUCUCCCCCCUCUACUCCUCCCAUCCCCUUCCCCAUGGCCGACGAGACACCCAAGAUGGAGAAGUCCGAUGCCAUCAAGGUCACAGUGAAGCUAAAGGCCCGGCAAAGGUCCCACGACGGCUGGCACCAGGGAAAGAGACAGAAAGGACUCCGGUGGAGGAAGUGGACCGUCCAGGUGCUAGUGCCAAGAGGGAAUUCACAACUCCCAGAUGAGGAUAAGAUCGAUGAGCUCCUGAAGAAACUCGGGGCCUCCCUGCGCCCUCCUGCGUCCCUCCGGGACCAUAGGCGCUGCUGUUUCUGCCACCAGUUUGGAGAUGGGAUCACGGAUGGCCCUGCCAGGCUUCUCAAUCUGGAUCUUGACCUAUGGGUUCACCUGAACUGUGCUCUUUGGUCGACUGAGGUUUACGAGACGCAGGCUGGCGCCCUUAUCAACGUCGAGCUCGCACUGCGCCGCGGCCAAACAGUGCGCUGCGCUUACUGCCAGCGGACCGGAGCCACCAGCGGCUGCCACCGCCUACGUUGCACCAAUGUCUACCAUUUCACCUGCGCUCUGCAAGCUCAAUGCACCUUCUUCAAGGACAAGACCAUGCUGUGUCACGCCCACAGGCCCCGGGGUACCGCCGGACAAACGCUGGAGCACGAGCUGCGUUGCUUUGCCGUCUUCCGGCGCGUCUAUGUCCAGAGAGACGAAGUGCGGCAGAUUGCCACUGCUGUGCGGCGGCCGGAGUUGGGCUAUACCUUUCGCGUCGGCAGCGUGGUGUUGCACGCAAUUGGCCAACUAACCCCUCUGCAAAUGGCAGCCUUCCAUUCCUCAACAGCCAUCUUCCCGAUCGGCUACGAGGCUUGCCGCAUAUACUGGAGCAUGCGCCAUGGCAGCCGGCGCUGCCGCUACGUCUGUUCUGUUGAGGACAGAGAGGAGCUGCCAGAGUUCACCAUCAGAGUGAUCGAGCAGGGCUACCAAGACCUGGUCCUGACGGACACCUCUGCAAAAGGAGUGUGGGAUAAGGUCCUCGGUCCCGUUGCUGAGAAACGAAAUGAGGCAGGCACUCUAAAGCUCUUCCCCGUUUACCUGAAAGGAGAGGACUUGUUUGGACUCACAGUCCCUGCAGUCGCCAAGAUCUCUGAAUCGCUCCCAGGAGUGGAGGCUUGUGUCGGGUACUCAUUCCGUUACGGACGCAACCCUCUCGUGGACUUGCCUCUCAUUUUCAAUCUCGCUGGCUGUGCCCGCGCCGAGCCAAGAACCAGCUCUCCGUACACUUCACUGGUGAUCAGGCCACAUCCACAGGCUGUAUCCAGCAGCAGUGUCAGGUCUAACCAGAAUGUGGCCCAAGGAGAAGGUGGCGCCCCCCACAGCAAGCCUCCAGUAGUGCACCCCAGGUCUUCUCAAUACCGCUGGAUGAAGAAUGAGUGGAGAGCCAAUGUCUAUCUGGCCCGCUCUCGCAUCCAGGGCCUGGGUCUGUUCGCCGCUAGAGACAUUGAAAAACAAACUAUGGUGAUCGAGUACAAUGGAACCGUCCUCCGAAAUGAGGUCGCUGUCAGGAAGGAGAAGAUCUAUAAAUCUCAGAACCGAACAGUGUUCAUGUUCCGCAUCGACAGCGAACAUGUUGUAGACUCCACUCGAACUGGAGGGCUGGCAAGAUAUAUCAACCACUCUUGUGGCCCGAACUGUGUUGCUGAGGUGGUCACAUUUGAACGGGGUUACAAAAUCAUCAUCAGCUGCAAUCGCAGAGUAGAAAAAGGAGAAGAGCUGUGUUUCGACUACCAGUUUGACACUGUGGAGGGUCAGCACAAGAUCGCUUGCCACUGUGGAGCUCCUGAGUGCAGGAAGUGGAUUAACUGAGGAAAAAAACGACAAAAACCUAAAUGCAUUCCUUGCUAUAUAGUGUGCUGUGAUCUCUGCACCGAGAAAGAGGAAGAAGAAAAAAGGCUUCACAUUAAAGUCAUUUUAUGAGUGAGCGGAAGGCCUGAACCCUUUUUGGAGAGGUGAUUGAAUUUAAGUGUUGGCUCGUCAAGAUCGCGGGAAAGAAAUGGGUUGAGUAAAGAGGGGGUGGGUGGGGGGGGACGUAACACAGUAGCAGGACGUGACUCGUGCCAUAUGUGAGGGGCUCUGUUGUAUGAGAUGCCUCUGUCUGUCUGCAUGUGUCUGUGUACAUGGGGUGCAGAAUCCACCAGCGAAUGAGAAAGCACUGUGCAGGGUGCGGCCUUAUUGCUUACUAAGGGCAGGCCCUUUUGUUUCAUACUGUUAAUGUAUACCGUAUGACUAAAUGUAGACAUCACUGAAUGAGGAAUGUACAGCAAUGAAUACCGCGAAGGGAAUAUUAACUUGCACUAAAAAAAGAAAAUAAACAAAAAAAUUAAAAACACACACACACACACACACACACGAAAACUUUUAAAAUACUUGAUUCCAUGAGUCAGUUUUAUCAUAGGUCUGUCAUGUGAUUUGUGUGGAAUUCGAGAGGUUUUGUAUUUAUUACUGAGUGAAUGAAUUUUAUUCUCAAAAUGAUGAGAUUGAGUUAAGAAGGCUAGAUUGCUAUUGUUUUUGAAGAUUGAGGAAGACGUGCUGUUACUUUUUGUAUAAAUGUACAUAAAGAAAACUAUAGGAAUAACCGACCAAAUACUACCUUAACCUUCUUGAUGUUUGGGUGUUUUUAAAUUGUUUUUGUUCUGUUUGUCAUUGAAAUUUAUUUAAGAUGGACGUUAUUUCAGUUUGAGAGUAUAUAUUAUGAUUAUUCUGUACAGAAUUUGUAAUAUAACCACAAUAAUUCACAAAGUAUUUUUGUUGUAUUAAAAGUAAGGUAUUGUAGCGUAGUGUUUUGUGACUUACACAUGCUUUGACCACUCAAAAAAAAAAAGAAAUAUUUUUGUUGACUAACGUAACGAGUUAUCAGUUACAGAAUCAAAAAAGGACAAAAAAAAGACUCUUCAAAUAGUAAGAGAUCAGUGUGAUCUGUUUGCUGUUAAUCAGGUUUGAUUUUAAAGAACUGUGAAUUAGGUUUUGAAACCCAAAAAUGACUUUUUAACUUUUUAACACGAAUAGGAACACCAACAUGUAUUUACCUGUUUUUGUUUUUACAUUGCUUUUAAAAAUACGGUGCAAACGUCUAAUGAUAUUGUGAGUUAGACGAACCGGUGUGUGACGGAACGAAUCGUAAACGGGGAACUGUGGAGCCGCAGGUUGUUUUACCUUUUUUGGACAGAAAUGGCAUUCUCCUUAAUCAGAAAUAUUUCUUAUACUGACACUUCACAAGUCACAUGCUUAGAAACGGAAGAGUUUUCGCGUGCACAAUUUCAAGUCGACUGUAAAAUUUUGGAGACAGUCUUAGAACUUGUAAUGUAUAUGGCAUGUAUUUUUUUAACUUUCCGAAGACUCAAUUGUAUAUAUUUUCUCAAUGAAUGGUUGUAACAAAAUUGUUUCUUGGAUAUUUUUCUUCUCUUGUAUGAUAUUACAUCAUCCUGCCAGUGUGUUUGUGCUACAUUUUCUUGGUUGUGUAGUCAGAUUUUUCUUUUUCUUUCUUUUUUCUUUUUUUUCCUCUUUUUUUUGAAAAUGCCUUUUGAAGUGUACAGAGUAUGAAGUUUGGAGUUUGUGGAAUUGAAUUUAGAAACAUUUACAAAAAUAAACUAUUUUACAUGUUA